CCAGUUAAUAUGUCGCUUGCGUAUGAAUGAGGUAAUAAGUUUCUCUGCAAUGAUUCAGUUUGAUUUUCGUCAAGUAAAUUGUCUCGGCUAAAGUUACGCGCGCGGUUCGCUAUGCAUGUGUGCUAAUUGUGCCCGCUAGUGCUGUGUGAAGUUUCACUUCCACAUGGUUCUUGUAAAAUAAGCAACGUGUUUCAAGAAACUGUUUAAUGCAAUCAAUUUUCCACAGUGCAAAGUUAUUCGAUUGGUCAGAUCUAGCUACGAGAGAUGGCUACGAUAGACGGCCGGCCCGCGCAAUAUGGAAUUACCUUAAAACAGUUACGUGACCUUAUGGAACAUCGAGGUCGCGAAGGUGUAAAUAGAAUAAAUGAAUUAGGAGGAGUACAAGAAAUAUGUAAGAAAUUGUAUACAUCACCUAGUGAAGGACUUAGUGGUUCUCAAGUAGAUUUAGAACACAGAAGAGAAACGUUUGGUUCUAAUUCAAUUCCUCCGAAACCACCGAAAACCUUUCUACAAUUAGUAUGGGAAGCAUUACAGGAUAUAACACUUAUUAUAUUACAAAUAGCUGCCGCAGUGUCACUUGGUCUUUCAUUCUAUCAACCGCCACCCGCAGAAGAUGUUCAUUUCGAUGACGAUGAAACAAGUCACGGUUGGAUUGAGGGUCUUGCCAUUUUAAUAUCAGUUGUUGUAGUAGUCUUAGUAACGGGUUUCAAUGACUACACGAAAGAGAGACAAUUUAGAGGUCUUCAGGGCCGUAUUGAAGGAGAACACAAAUUUUCUGUGAUCCGACAGGGCGAAGUCAAACAAAUUGCAGUUAACGAUAUUGUUGUAGGUGACAUAUGUCAAAUUAAAUAUGGCGAUCUUCUUCCUGCUGACGGUAUCCUGAUUCAGUCGAAUGACUUGAAGGUGGACGAAUCGUCGCUUACCGGCGAGUCCGAUCACGUCAAGAAAGGUGAAUCUUACGAUCCGAUGGUCCUGUCAGGGACUCACGUAAUGGAGGGUUCCGGGAAGAUGUUGGUCGCCGCCGUAGGAGUCAAUUCGCAAGCAGGUAUCAUCUUCACGUUACUAGGCGCCGCCGUUGAUCAACAGGAAGCCGAAUUGAAAAAAAUGAAGAAAGAAGCUAAAAAGCAGCGGAAGAAGAAAAGUCUUACAGGGGACGAAGAAGCUGCAGUAACCGGCAAUAGUCAUAUGAAUUCGCCAGCACCUGUUUCUAAUAAGCAUGAACCAUUGCCAGAAGCUGGAGAAAAUCAUGUAACUUCUACAUCGACAGCUUCCGAGGGUCACAAGAAAGAAAAAUCUGUUUUACAAGCUAAACUUACAAAAUUAGCUAUACAAAUUGGUUAUGCAGGUUCUACUAUAGCAGUUCUAACCGUUGUUAUACUCAUUAUUAAUUUCUGUAUCAAAACAUUUGUUGCCCAUAAUAAUCCAUGGAAAAGCUCAUAUAUUAACAACAUGGUUCGUUAUUUGAUCAUUGGUGUUACUGUACUGGUUGUUGCUGUUCCAGAAGGUUUGCCGCUGGCAGUCACUUUAUCUUUGGCUUAUAGUGUCAAGAAAAUGAUGAAAGACAACAAUUUAGUAAGGCAUUUGGACGCCUGCGAAACCAUGGGCAACGCAACUGCUAUUUGUUCCGACAAAACGGGUACAUUAACAACUAAUCGAAUGACUGUUGUGCAGUCUUAUAUAUGUGAACAAUUGUGUAAAACAAUGCCCAAGUUUUCGGAUAUACCCGCUCACGUUGGGAAUUUAAUAGUACAGGGAAUAUCAAUCAACUCCGCGUAUACAUCGCGAAUAAUGCCUGGGGAGGACCCUUCGCAAUUGCCAAAACAAGUUGGCAACAAGACUGAAUGUGCUUUGUUAGGUUUUGUGCUAGGCUUACAAAAAAGUUAUCAAACAGUUCGCGAUGACCAACCAGAGGAAACCUUCACUCGCGUUUAUACGUUUAAUUCCGUAAGGAAAUCUAUGAGCACUGUGAUUCCUCGACAAGGAGGCGGGUUUCGAUUAUUUACAAAGGGUGCUUCUGAAAUGAUUUUAAACAAGUGUGCCUUUAUUUAUGGUCACGAUGGCCGGUUGGAAAAGUUUACUAGGGAUAUGCAAGAGCGGUUGCUACGGCAAGUCAUUGAACCAAUGGCUUGUGACGGUUUACGUACCAUUUCUAUCGCUUUCCGUGAUUUUGUGCCUGGCAAAGCUGAAAUUAAUCAAGUACACAUAGAUAACGAACCAAAUUGGGACGACGAAGCUAAUAUGGUAUCAAAUUUAACCUGCUUGUGUGUUGUUGGAAUUGAAGAUCCCGUUCGCCCUGAAGUACCAGAUGCAAUAAGAAAGUGUCAAAAGGCCGGUAUUACUGUCAGAAUGGUUACGGGUGAUAAUAUUAACACUGCACGAUCCAUCGCUACCAAAUGUGGUAUCAUAAAACCUAAUGAAGAUUUUCUGAUUCUCGAAGGUAAAGAGUUUAACCGAAGAAUCCGUGAUAGUACUGGAGAGGUACAACAACACCUUCUCGAUAAAGUCUGGCCUAAACUACGUGUACUGGCACGAUCCUCACCUACUGAUAAAUACACUUUAGUCAAAGGAAUUAUUGAUAGCAAGCUAAGUGAACAAAGAGAAGUUGUUGCGGUAACAGGUGAUGGCACUAAUGAUGGUCCCGCUUUGAAGAAAGCCGACGUUGGAUUUGCUAUGGGAAUUGCUGGCACUGAUGUUGCAAAGGAGGCAUCUGAUAUUAUUUUAACGGACGAUAAUUUUAGUAGUAUUGUUAAAGCGGUUAUGUGGGGAAGAAAUGUUUAUGACAGUAUAGCGAAAUUUUUACAGUUUCAACUUACUGUAAAUGUUGUAGCUGUUGUUGUAGCUUUUAUUGGUGCCUGUACUGUUCAAGACAGUCCCUUGAAGGCUGUGCAAAUGUUGUGGGUAAAUUUAAUUAUGGACACUUUAGCAUCUUUGGCUUUAGCUACCGAAUUUCCGACGUCGGAUUUAUUACUUAGAAAGCCCUAUGGGAGAACCAAACCCCUUAUAUCGAGGACCAUGAUGAAAAAUAUCCUUGGUCAGGCUAUAUAUCAAUUAACUGUAAUAUUUGCUUUGUUAUUUGUAGGAGAUAAAUUAUUAAACAUUGAACCCGGUAGAGACGCCGAAAUUGGAUCUGGACCUACGCAACAUUUUACUGUUAUAUUUAACUCGUUUGUAUUAAUGACAUUAUUUAACGAAUUUAACGCCAGGAAGAUUCAUGGUCAACGGAAUAUCUUUGAAGGGGUAUUUACGAACCCCAUCUUUUAUUCAAUAUGGAUCGGCACAUGUGCAUCGCAGAUUCUAAUUAUACAAUAUGGAAAAAUGGCGUUUGCAACGAAAAGCUUGACCCUGGACCAGUGGCUUUGGUGCCUAUUUUUUGGAGUGGGUACUUUGCUUUGGGGUCAGCUCGUCACGACAGUGCCCACUAGAAAAAUACCGAAAAUAUUAUCAUGGGGCCGAGGGCAUCCCGAAGAGUAUACAGAGGCGAUCGCGAUAGGCGAGGAGAAGUUCGAUGUGGACUCCGACAAGAAACCUAGGGCGGGACAAAUUCUUUGGAUCCGAGGUUUAACUAGAUUGCAAACACAGCUGCGAGUAAUCAGGGCUUUCAAGUCUACCUUGGAGGAUCUGGAGGAGCGUCGCUCGGUACAUAGUUUACACAGUUUGCGCAGCUCGCGAAGUCACACUGGCCCCUGGCCUUCGCGUCCUCUAUCAGACAUCACUUAUAUCGAUGAGGAUCCCACUGCCAACAAAUUGUCGCCGCAACAACUGAAGACAGAUCGCGCCGACUACACCGGAGCAGGAAACCGGCUGCUAUCUCCUCACAAUCUGAGGCCCCCACCUUUUAAUCCGCAGUUAGCACCUUCCGCACCUGCCAACUCUGAGCUGCUCAAGUCCGUGCAUGAGACUCGCAUAUAGUGCCAGUCAUGCCCGGUAUUAUUACACCGUGGCGAGCAGUGCAUGUCGCUCGUUAUUAGUGCCACUAGUGCCACCCUGCCGUAGUAACCCUGACCUUUCGAUAAGCCUCUUCCUCUACCAAAAGCUUAGAGCACUUAGUAGAAGACUUUCACUUGACCAAAUCUGACUAUUUUGUAUUACUUUUGUACAUAAUAUCUCGUCAUACACUUGUAGAAUAGUUGUAUGUAUAGCAUUUUAGAUAGCCUUAGAACCUCUCAGGUUAGUGGUGAUGGAGACAUUUUUUUUUGUUCAAAUUUCCGACGCAUGCACACAAAUUGAGACAAUGUAUUGUGUGAAAUGCCAAUGUUAUAGUUUUGUUCGUAUUCUCUACAAGUGAAACAAAAACCACGUAGGCAUUAGAUUAGGUACGAAUAUGACCACAACUUAGUUUAAAUGGGAAAUCGAAUUUAAUCGUAAAACAGGGACGCGUCAAUUUAUUAGGCCGACAUAUUUUUCGAACAAAUUUGACCGAUCUUAUAGAAAUUUAACCAUUUUUUAGAUUCUAGGUGUAGCAAAUACGAACAAUUCUACUAGGUACAAAGCUACAACAGCCAACAUAUACUCGUUUAGCCCAGGAAUAAUAGCCUCAGACCCGGACAUUGGAGGGGAUAAGCUGAAAAUUAAAAUUCAAUGGUACAGAAUAUGGGACAAAAAUCCUCACAAAUUUAGAUGAUGCACGCUCUAUUAUCAAAAUAUAUGUAAAAUGGACAUUUUAAUAGUUUUUCUUUUUUGCCUAAAGCCAAACCCAGUUAAAAUGUUCUGACUCAGAUAUUUUUUGUAGUACACAGAAUUCUGGGCGAAAAAGUUUGGAACUCCCGGAGAAGCUUUGUGAUAAGCACGGCUAUGCACAUGGCUCAAACUGUUGGUUGUGGAGAGUUAAAUUUUCUAUUUCCUGUUUUUGGAUUAAUUUCCAAGAACGCAAAAGAUUAAACAAAAUCCCUGUAGUGACACAUGAAAAAUGGGAAAAAUGGGGUUUUCAAAUACUUCUUCUCCCAUAUUAUGUACCGCAUUGGGAGCUUAUAUCCGAUUUUCAGCUGAUCCUCUUUCAUAGUCGGCGCACUAAAAUCAGUUUUUAAUGUACAUGAGCCAGAACUUUUAACGAGAUCUGCUUAAUUCAAAAUGAAUAAAUGAAGCAAAAUUACUAAAAUGCAUACCUAUUUUCAAUGUGGAUUUUUUCCCAUACUCUACUGCAUCCGAUUUUUACCCUAUCCGCUCUUAUGUUUGUGUGUAAAAAUAUGUAUUCCAAUAUUCCUGGGUUAGUUGUGCUACCAAACAAAAUUGAGUGAUUUUGCAAGCCAAUCAAUCAAACCAAGCCACUUUCCCGCAUUUAACAGAAUACUUCGUGUUUAUAUAAUUCAUUUUCGUUCUUAAUUUAUUUUUGGUUUCAGCGUUACCUAUCGUUACUAUGUUAUUAUUAUUUUUUUUUAAUUAUAUCUAAUGGCAAAUAGCGGUGUAAAAGUAUUUAACGCUCUGUUCUUGAUACUCGGCACUGAGCCAUGCGUGGAUACACGUUUCGAGCAAUCGUGUGUCUGUUGAUUGUAACACUUAAGACUCUUAUUUACAGCACUGAUGGAUAAAUGCGUGUGUACGUGUUCAUAUUCUCGUUGCAAUUAAUUUUUAUUACGUACACGUGCAAGUGUUUCAUCUUUGAGGUGCAAUGGUAAGAAAAUUUAUUGUUACCAUUGGCCGAGCUCUUCUUAAUUUUUACUUAGUAGUUAUCUAAUCUGUCUCAUUCUGUGCACUAUCUAUUGUAUGUGUCUUUCACUGUCUAUCAAACCACUCUUAACGUUACCCUUUACUCUUGAAGGUGAUAGGUGGUGAAUUGCAAGAGCGUUUGAUUCCAGUUCCGUACAGCAAGAGCUCCACUGACCAAGCUGUAAGCCGCUUUCCUACUUCUUUUCUGUCCGCUACGUGUUCGUGUGCUCGCUCGUUCGCUCUUGUUGGUGUGUGUUGAUCACUGCUUCCACAUUGUGUAGAGGCACCGGCUUACUUUUUUUCUUUGAUUAUUUACCGCCUUCUCAAUAUUGAAGCAGUGCGAUAAUAACGUUUUUUAUUGUUUUGUGGAUUAGUUUUUUUCGUGUUCCUUCGUCUGAUGCCCGAUUAGGCUCUGACUUACGUUUUGCAUGCGCAUGAUUCUUAUUCUUAGCUCACAGAUGCAUAUGAUCGCUCAAAACGACUGCUCGGCCGAUUACUAGAUGUCGAUUCAUUUUUCGAGAAAGAAUUUAUUUUUUUAUUUUGUUUUUUAUUUUGUUUUAAGUAAUUAAAUUUCUAACUAACAAUUAUUAAAGAAAAAGAUUCGUGAAAACAAUUGCAAAAAAAAAACGUUUAGCUUUGGUUGUGAAUUUGAAACUCUUUUGUAGCCGAAUGCCCGGGUGCUCUAUCAUGACUGUUGCGCUUACGAGUAAAAACGGCCUCGUUGCAUAGUUAGUUUGUUUGUUAAAUUAUUGUAGAGGCUUCCAUUUAUUUACAUAAAUUUAAAAUUUUACUCAAAAUAUAUGAUUGUUACUUGUAUAUCUUGACGAAGUGUACUUAGAUAUGUUUUUAUUUUAAUAUACUAACAGAUUGCUGUUUUAAAUGAAACUUUUCAAUAAAAUCAUUAAAAGAA